UUCUUCUUUGACCUCUCUUCUGUCUGUGGUUGUUAGAGCUGUGUGCUCGUUGCUCGCUUGGUGGUGAAUGAUGGCGGCCUCAAAGCCUGUCGAGCCGGAGUCUGGUAGCGGUCUUCCCCGAUGGCAGCUAGCCUUGUUAGUGGGGGCGCCCUUAGUGUUGGGAGUUGGGGCCGCCUACUUAUGGAAUCGCAGCCGGAGCAAGUCGAAGCGUAACGGGGAGAGGAAGACUCCAGAAGGCAGCGCCAGUCCCGUCCAUGGGCAGGCGCAGGACGGCGAAGAGCAGAAGGGAAUGAGUCCUCUUGACCAGGCCCAGGCAGCCAAGAAUCGGGGCAACAAGUUCUUUAAAGCCAGCAAGUUCGAGCAGGCGAUCCAGUGCUACACAGAGGCCAUCAGCUUGUGCCCUGCCGAGCAGAAGGGAGACCUGUCCACCUUCUACCAGAAUAGAGCCGCCGCCUAUGAGCAGCAGAUGAAGUGGGUGGAGGUGGUACAGGACUGCUCCCGCGCAGUGGAGCUGAACCCACGCUAUGUCAAGGCGCUGUUCCGCCGGGCCAAGGCGCAGGAGAAGCUGGACAACAAGAAGGAGUGCCUGGAAGAUGUGACUGCAGUGUGCAUCCUAGAGGCCUUCCAGAACCAGCAGAGCAUGCUGCUGGCCGACAAGGUGCUGAAGCUCCUGGGUAAGGAGAAAGCCAAGGAGAAGUACAAGAACCGCGAGCCGCUGAUGCCCUCCCCCCAGUUCAUCAAGUCCUACUUCAGCUCCUUCACUGAGGACAUCAUCUCACAGCCCCUGCAGAAGGGCGAGAAGAAGGACGAGGACAAGGACAAGGAGGGGGAGGCGGCCGAGGUCACGGCCAGCUCUGGUUACCUGAAGGCCAAGCAGUUCAUGGACGAGGAGAACUAUGACAAGAUCAUCAGUGAGUGUACAAAGGAGGUGGAUUCUUGCGGGCGGCACACGGCUGAAGCGCUGCUGCUGCGCGCCACCUUCUACCUGCUGAUCGGCAAUGCCAGUGCCGCCCAGCCCGACCUGGACCAAGUCAUCAACAUGGAGUCUGCCAACGUGAAGCUCCGGGCCAACGCCCUGAUCAAGAGGGGCAGCAUGUACAUGCAGCAACAGCAGCCGCAGCUGUCUACGCAGGACUUCAAUAUGGCCGCCGAGAUCGACACCCAGAACGCUGACGUCUACCACCACCGGGGACAGUUGAAGAUCCUGCUGGACCAGGUGGAGGAGGCUGUGGCCGACUUCGACAAGUGCAUCAGCCUGCGGCCCGACUCUGCCCUGGCGCAGGCGCAGAAGUGCUUCGCUCUGUAUAGGCAGGCGUACACAGGGAACAAUGCCUCCCAGGUACAGAUCGCCAUGGAGGGCUUUGAGGACAUUAUCAGGAGGUUCCCCAAGUGUGCCGAGGGAUACGCGUUGUAUGCUCAGGCCUUAACAGACCAGCAACAGUUCGGGAAAGCAGACGAGAUGUACGACAAGUGCAUCGAACUGGAGCCAGACAAUGCUACCACAUAUGUCCAUAAAGGGCUGCUUCAGCUUCAGUGGAAGCAGGAUCUGGACCUUGGCCUGGAGCUGAUCAGCAAGGCCAUUGAGAUCGACAGCAAAUGUGACUUUGCCUACGAGACCAUGGGAACCAUCGAGGUGCAGAGGGGCAAUCUGGACAAGGCCAUCGAUAUGUUCAACAAGGCCAUCAACCUGGCCAAGUCCGAGAUGGAGAUGGCUCACCUGUACUCGCUGUGCGACGCAGCAUAUGCCCAGACCGAGGUGGCGAAGAAGUAUGGGCUGAAGCCCCCGACGCUGUAACUGCCCCCCGCCCCCACAACCUCCUCCUUUCCUUAUUGGUCAGGCCCCAGCCCCCACUGAUUACUGCUACUGGUUUUUGUUGUUUUGUUUUUUUUUUAAUUUUGUAAAAGAUGGUGAAUCAUUACUAAAUAAACAGGACGAGCUCCGUGAUUGUGUAAUUUACAUUUGUUGGUUUUGAGACUCCCGUUUGCUCGAAGCGGAAGUUUACGCUGCAUCAUUGAUGUGCAGUACUGACGGCUGUCUGUGGGGGGGCGCUCUUGAGUUACCCGAACGUGACUGCGCUCCCAUGACACACUUUGCCUCUCCAGUCUCUUAUUUACGCCUAAACCUCUUCAGUCUUCCAAAUGUUAAUUGUGUAGCAUUCUUGACUGUUUUUUUUUUCCACAAAGGGCUCUGUUUCAAAUUGAAUCUGAUUGGUCAGCUGGCUUGCUUGUUGAUUGGUUGAUCGAAACACCCACUACCCUGGACACUCUCCUUGAGCUGUCCUGAGGAGUCAUACAGAGCCGUAUUUGAGUCUGCAAUUUGCCUGUGGUGAGGGCAUUAAAAAAAAAAUUCGAAAACCUCUUAAUUUGUAAGACGAAAAAAUUUCGUGCACAGAAAGGAACUUUCCUAAUUUGGAAGUAUUCUUGUUCCUUUUUGUUAAAGGAAAUGAAAAAUCUGUUAUGUUGUGCUGUCAUUUGGCCCUUUUGUUCAGUAUUUAGUGUGAUGGAAAACUGCACAAACCAAAAACGGCUUCUGAUUGGGUCUUUGCGGAUUUGCUGAAAAGUGAAUGCAGUCAGCCCAGUUUCAGGCCCCAGCAGAGCCCCCGUGCGCAGCCUGGCGAAACGACACAGGAGGAGCUUUACGAGAUUUUGGUUUCCUGACAUUAUCACUGUUAAAAUUAUCCUGACUGUGUUUCUUAUUUUUUGCAUUUGCAGGUUGUGUAAGUGUGAACAGAGGAGGUUAUAAGAUUUUACGUAAGAAGUAUAUAAAAAUAAAAAAUGUACGUGAGAUGAAGUCAGUGUGUGUCGUAUUGCCGCCUGGUUUUUGGAAAAGUGUCUAUAACUGGGGGCUGUUGGGUCAUGUACUGGACCUUAAGUGUUUUAUUUGUUUUAUAUAUAAUUCUGUGUAGUAUAUCUGGAAUUUGACUUCAUAAAUGUUAAUAUGACACUGCUUUCGUGAUACUGUACUGUCAAGCAGUUUUGUUAGGUUGAAGCUGAAUCUCAUUAUACAAAUUAUUUGCUUUUCAUAUUUUGUUUUCCCAGGCUGUGACGGGUAAGGGGAUGGGGGAGGGGUGUUAUUUUUGGUUUGUUUGUUCUAACAUUUCCCGCUUUGCAUAAAUGGGCUUUUGUGCUUCUUGCUUGGGUUUGCUGGAGAAGUCCACCAAAGCGCAGGACAUGGAAACCUUAAUGAGCUACGUUUGAAUUACGAAUAAGCGUAAUGAGCAAAGCUGUUGCACGCUGAAGUUGCACUGUGGUGCCAGGUUGCACGAGCCGCCGUAGUGUGGCACCUCACCUGUCCUCUCGUGAAAUGAACCUCCCCUGUCUGUGCGGAGACUCAACACGGUCAGUUUGUGAGGUCUCGUGUAUUUUCUAAAAAUUUAACUGCACUUAGGUGAAAUACCAGUUGAAAUGUCUUGAAUCAAACACUAAUAAAGCUGUGAUUAUAUGCCUAUGCACGCAGGUUGGACUAAAAUUAUGUACUGAAAUAGAUUUUUUAAAGUCCCAGA